UCGCACCGUUGCUAGCUACUACCGAGGACACUUAUAAGUACAUAUGCCCCCCCCACUAGCCCCAUGCAGCUUUGUCUCUGAUCUUAAAAUUCCCGUCCCCCGACGAAACCUUUUCCCGACCAUCCACCACUAUCUAUCUUCACGCAUCUUGCAAUCCUCCAGGACCGCAUUUCCUCGCACCUCAGUCACAAUGCUGGCCGCCCGUACUUUCGCUGCGCCCCUCCGGCAACAGUGCAUGCGCGCUGCUCCCCGCGCUGCCGCUGUUUCUCAGUUCCAGAACUCCAGAUUUUACUCGAGCGAGCGUGUCGCCAAGUUCCACGGUGUCAAGGACUCCAACGGCAACUACCCGGUCAGUUUGAUUGAGGGUGACGGUAUCGGUCCCGAGAUUUCCCAGGCCGUUAAGGACAUUUUCGCCGCGGCGAAAGCUCCCGUCACCUGGGAACCCGUCGAUGUCACCCCCAUCCUUAAGGACGGCAAAACUGCCAUCCCCGAUGCCGCCAUCGAGAGCAUCAAGCGCAACAAGGUUGCCCUUAAGGGACCCCUCGCCACCCCCAUUGGCAAGGGUCACGUCUCUCUGAACCUCACCCUCCGCCGCACCUUUAACCUGUUCGCCAACCUGCGCCCCUGCCGCUCUGUCGCCGGCUACAAGACUCCUUACGACAACGUCGACACAGUCCUGAUCCGCGAAAACACCGAGGGUGAAUACUCGGGCAUCGAACACGUCGUUGUUGAUGGUGUCGUGCAGUCCAUCAAGCUUAUUACCCGCGAGGCUUCCGAGCGCGUCCUACGCUUCGCCUUCCAGCAGGCCCAGGAAAUCGGCCGCAAGAAGGUCCGCGUCGUCCACAAGGCCACCAUCAUGAAGAUGUCCGACGGUCUCUUCCUCAAGACUGGCCGCGAGGUCGCCAAGGACUACCCCGAUAUCGAAUUCGACGCCGAGCUGCUCGACAACACCUGCUUGAAGAUGGUCACUGACCCUCUCCCCUACAACGACAAGGUCCUCGUCAUGCCCAACUUGUACGGUGAUAUUCUCUCCGACAUGUGCGCCGGUCUGAUUGGUGGCCUCGGCCUCACCCCGUCCGGCAACAUCGGUGACGAGUGCUCCAUCUUCGAGGCCGUCCACGGUUCUGCUCCCGACAUCGCCGGCAAGGGCUUGGCUAACCCAACUGCCCUGUUGCUCAGCUCCAUGAUGAUGCUGCGCCACAUGAGCCUCGGCGAGUACGCCGACAGAAUUGAGAAGGCUGCUUUUGAUACCCUUGCGGAAGGAAAGGCUCUGACCGGAGACCUGGGCGGCAACGCCAAGACCCAUGAGUUCGCCGGCGCCAUCAUUUCUAAGUUGUAGAUACCUACCUGUAGAUUGUACGAUCAUAGACAACGGACUUUCUUUUCAUUGCGUUAGCUACGGUCGUUCAAUAAGUUUAUAGAUCUGGAGUCAGUUUU